UCUGUAACACUGUAACAUGGGGCAGUCUGAGAUCCCCAUGCUCCCAUCGAAGAUCUCAGAACCCCGGGUUCUGCUGCCCCUUCUCCUUUUAGAUUUCUGGACAGAGAAAGUAGAGAGAGGAAGAGGGAGAAGGAGAGAAUUAUUGAUAGAGGCGAGUUUCUGAGAGUUGGGACGAAGAAGAGAGGGAUCAGAGAAUGUCUCUAACUGGUGUGAAGAUGUCUGAAGAUGUUUGGUUAACAUGCCUCACUCAUGCAUUGUCUACUGAAAAAGAAGAGAUCAUGGGGCUUCUUCUCGGAGACAUUCAGCACUCAAAAAAUGGGGGUGUGACUGCACUAAUUUGGGGAGCAUCACCUCAGAAGCGAUCUGAUCGGCGGAAGGAUCGAGUAGAAACCAAUCCCGAGCAAUUGGCAGCUGCAUCAGCUCAAGCUGAGAGAAUGACCUUGGCAAUGGGAAGAACGACUAGAGUGAUUGGGUGGUACCAUUCGCAUCCUCAUAUUACGAUUCUUCCUUCCCAUGUUGAUGUGCGGACUCAGGCAAUGUAUCAACUUCUUGAUUCUGGGUUUAUUGGGCUGAUAUUUUCUUGUUUCAGUGAAGAUGCACACAAGGUUGGAAGAAUCCAAGUUAUUGCAUUCCAAUCAUUGGAUGGAAGACAGAACUAUAUGUUGAGACCUGUUUCAUUAUCCCCUGUAAACAGAAGUUCCAUUAUAGAUGUUGAAUCAUCUUGGAGUUCUGCUGAGAACACAUCAAGCAGGCCUGCAAGGGCAGAGUGUGUGGAACUAGAUACUGGUGAUACUGGUGAUUCAAGAACAGCUGUUGGAAUCAACAAGGGUGAGGGAAGAUCUUCAGAGUUGGGGGAUUUCUUUGCUAAUGCCGAUGCCAACUAUUUAGGGAGAGAGAGGCCGGGAGCAAAUUACUAUAAUGACAACCUAGAAAGAGCCAUUGUUGAUGUAGACCCUAUGGAUAUGUCAGAAAGCAUGCAAGAAGCCAUGCACCGUUCAAAUUUGGAAAUAAGUGGUGCAGAGUAUACAAGGAAGGAAAUUCCUCUUCAUGUGUUGCCAACCUCAUCUUUUGUCAACCUUGAUUCUCCUCUAACUUCUUUUAUGGAUUUACAACGUGUACUUUAUGAAGAGGAACGAGAAGCAUAUAACCAAGCCAUCUUACAAAAUAUGAGGGAGGGGAAAGUGCAUCCACUUACUUACAUUCAUCACACAUCAACAUAUCAGGCUUCCAUGUGCAAGUUAAUGGAGUAUUGCUUAAGUCCUGCCAUAAAUGUUCUGCAAGACCGUUUGAAAGAGAAUGAAACUCAGUUAACCCUGCUAGCUGAUGAAGCCAGGAUUCUGGAGGCUGAGGCGGUCCGAGGGAGUGACUUAAGCUCUGCAUCUCCACGUAAAAUUUCAUCUCCCAGCCUCCGAGGCAGUGCUUCUUUUGGUCAUAAUAGGGACAUGCAUAAUUCGGCAGAACCUAUUAAUUUGAGGAGCACUGGUAGUCGGAGCAGAAAAGGUUCCUAGUUAAAUCCUCCAUCAUUUUGAAGAACUGGGUAAGCAUUUUAUCUAGCUGUGAUACCCCUGCUAUCCUCAUUUGCUCCUUUUCUUCUCCCUCUUUUUGUUUUUGGGUUUUGUUGUAACUUGGAGAUCUUGGGGCGAUUUUCAGGAUGUAUGAUACCAAAAAAUUACAAGUUUUAUACUGAUUGUAAAGAAUGAUCAAGUUCAGUUAUUAUAUACAAGUUUAUCAGAUGUCUGAUUUUGGAA